CGGAGAGCACCGAGCAGGCGAGAGAAGAACCUCAGCUAUCCUCUGGCUAUGACCAGGACGAAGAAGAGCAAGCCUGGCGGCGGAGGCGCGCAGGCGAAGAAGUCGAAGACCAAACCGCCACCAGUCGCCAAACCAAAGAGACUUACGAGGGCUCUGGCUCAGGCCAGGCCUAAGCCGAAGGGCGCAAAAAUGGGCCAGGCACACGGUGCACGAACUCCGGUCGUCACAGACAACAAGAAACUUGUCGUGAUCAGUGACGACUCGGAGCCUAAGGAGGACCUUUCUUCCUCACAGAAGACGCGAACGAAGCAGCCCGGCGGUGAUGAGUUCACUUCUCUUCUGACCGGCAUUGAGCAGGCUUUUACAGACCAGCGCGCGAUCAUGAUAGGGGUAGAUCUAGGAGCAACGCCUGAAGAACAGCGGCUGGCGAACGCAAUGGUCAUUGAAGCAAAGACCCGCAAGAAAAUAGCCCAGGCUGUCAUAGAGUCGCCGCUGAUGCAGUCUGCAUGGAUUGCCCAGUCCGAGCACACUGGACUGAGGACGUGGUUCAUGUUCUGCAUCUUCACCACGGCCGAAGAAGCACGUUUGGCGACUGAAGGCCUUUCGAAAACAUUGAACUCUAUCAAGCACCCUGACGUUGUAUUCAAGGUUCAGCUGCAAGGCUGGAAGUCGUACCGAGCUAUUGCAAAGAACAUCGAUCCCGCCCAGGCUCUUCCGCCACGCGGUGCUCAAGACAUAUCGGGGAAUGGCAGAUAUCCUGCUCUGAUGUCUCUUGCUAGCUCGAUUUCUGCUCUCAAAAAGCGAAUCAAUUAUCUACCCUCAACCAAGGUGCAAGAUCCUCCUGUCACCAACGGGACAAGAAGCGUCACCUUACACAGUCUAUUGGCUCAGAACGCAGCGACCUACCAAGAGUUGCACGCACACCAGUACGCAGGCAGCCACAGCACAAUUCAGCCGACUGAGCCUGAUGCGUCGGUCUUCCAUCAGCCGCCGGAGUCAAAUAAUAUUUCGCUGCAUUCAGCCGAUCAGCUGCCAAAGCCCAUGUCCGACAGGAAAGAGGCUGUCAUCAACGCCGAGAGCCUUUCGCAGAUGGAGCACCGUGAAGAGAUGAAGUACCAGAUCCGUUACUUGGGGGAAGUCGAAGAGGGCAUCCCGAUUUUUGGCUGCAUCUUGUGCCUGCAGCGCGAUCACCUGUGGAGUGACUGUCCCGACCGAGUAUGCGAGCAUUGUGGCGAGAAGGAUACGCACACUUCGAGAGCAUGUCUAAAGGCGAGGCUAUGCAAGAAAUGCUACGAGAAAGGUCACUCCAUUGAAAACUGCCCUUCGAAACUGCACCGUACCGCCGCAGACGGGUUCCAUUGCGAUCGCUGCGGAGAGGACACGCAUGCCGAAGAUGACUGCUCGCACAUCUGGCGUGCCAUCAUUCCGGAGCAGAUGCCCCAGCUAAAGAAGGGGCCCUUCUUGAGCAUCUUUUGCUACAACUGCGGUGAAAGAGGCCAUUGGGGAGGCGACUGCCUGGAACCACGUGAGAAGCCAAAAUCACACUUUGACAUCUUCUCCUCAAAGGAAGCUCAAAAGUUCAUUGAUUCUUCAGCUCCUAUCACGAACCUGCUCGGCGAGACCAUCGAAUCAGCGCGCAAAUAUCAGACAAAUGGAAGCGGCUUCGCCAUCCAAGAGGCUUUACAAGAUACACAGAUCGAAAACUACAUGGCUGCAUACGGUCAGCCGCCUGUUCAACAGCAUAGUAAGCAUCAAAAUUUCUCAUUUGCUCCAAAGGCUUGCAGAGUCCGUCAGCAAACGUGUAUCGACCAGCAAAUUGUAGCUCUACCUCCUACAUCUUGUCUUUCCUCGGGGAGUUCGCCGCAGCUCUCUCACGUCCAGCAACAACCUUUACAAGUACACAAAGCAAGCUCCAAUAUGCAGGCACACGUGAAUACUCAUCAUUUUUCGCUCCCAGAUCGUCCCGCGAAACGCGGCAACGACGGCUACGUUCAGUAUCGUGGCAGCGUGCAUCCUCUGCCGCCACGGCCAACGCCCCCUUCUCGUCGGCGCUCGGUAUCGCCUGCACAGCGCAGCUACAACUCGCCCCGACAACGUGACGACGGAUACGGCGCACAUAGUUUCUCCCGUGGCCAGGGCUACUAUGACAGUAAGGGUGCAUACCACUACACCCCACAGCAGAAUUCUCAUGGCCAGCCUGCUCCGCCACCGCCUCCUCCUCCACCACCACCGCCACCGCCACCAACGCAGGACAUCGACUACGGCCGUCGCAAAACCUAUCACGCAGUACCGCCUCCACCAUCAAAGCCAAUUCGUGGUCGUCACCGACGUGCCAGGCCCUAGUAUUUGUACCAGAUCACCGACGUGUUCAUGUCUCGUUUAUUAUUGUCAGUCCUGAGUACUCCGUGUGACUUCACUUCGUGAUCGGCGACAGUAUCUCACAAAUGCAUCUUGGAUGACUUUGGGGACAUAUACAUAGCACGUGCUUUGAAAGAACUUGUAGAUAUGCACAGAGAUGGGUACUUGAUUGGCUUGGGGAAACACAAGGGCAUUGCUUUUUCUUUUUGGUUUGGUUACGAGAAUAGUUAUGAUACCCAGCUUAGCGCGAGAUGCGCAGGAUGAAAGCAUCAAGGGUUCAACGGCGUCGCAGGAGAAGGGGAAAAUGUCACCGGCUUUGGCCGUCUGUCGCAUAUACUGCUGGCAUAUCACCACAGUAGAGACGCGCGUCGAACCCAGUGGUUGCCCGGAUCCAGCGUCUGGCCCAAGAAUCAGGGACUGGCUUAGAACGUCUGGAAGGCAGAUGGGUGACUCCAUGACGGGCGCUCGCAGGUUCGCGCUCGUGGAUUCCACCUGGAACAGGAGAAAAAGUAGUAACUUAGCCAUCCGGUCGGAUGUAUGUACCUUCGUCAUGACCAAGGGGUAUCAAAUAUAUGAGAAUAUAUACUUCUAUCG